AUGAUUUACCGGCAGUCAUUCGGGGCUCUCCUCGGCGGACGCUCGUCGUUCGAUAUUACGGUUGCGCCCGUCAAACUGGCAGACAAACGAAAGUUCCGCUUCGAAAGCUCGCUCAGAGCUAAGAGCGUCUGCCUCGCUGAACGAUCUCGUCCCAAAUAUGAACGCAACGUUCGCAGCGCUGACUCCGACCCCUUGCGUUGCGCCGAGCGAGACGCUUAUCUCGCUCCUAAGCCGAUUAAAACCGCCAAACCACAGCGAAAACAUAGCAGCGCUGUAACCGUGAAACAGCAGAAGAGAAGAGCGAUCGCAAAAACGCCGUGCGCAGUUUCCAUUCAAAACUUAUCCAUACCCGUCGCGUUCGUCGACAGAACGAGCCAUUCAACCUCCGAACGCAAACCGUACAAUGCCACAUCCGAUAAUAGAUCUUUUAAUCCCAAACAGGUCGGCGACAAGAGGCUGUGCCGCAGCGUCUGCGGGAAAGAGACGGAAAACAAGUUGCUGCUGCAGAUCAGCGAAGCCGAACAAGUGUCGGACUUUGAAAGGAUUCUUAAUUCUAAUGCAAUACUGUGGGAGCGAGCGGCCUCACGAGUACGCGGCCACGUGUGGCGGAGGAACCUCGCGCCCGCGCCUCCGUCGCUCAGCUCUCGUCCGCGCUCCGCUUACUCGCUCAGAGCUGUGAGUCAAGCCUACCAUUAUCUCUUUCGCCAGCACGAAGAGUCCCUUCAACCUCUCAUAGACGAGUACCGCCGAGACGCCCUCGACGAUCGAAAGGACCCGUCUGCUAGCUUACUCGACACCGAUUGGUUCGAAAACCUUCGAGACCUCUCGGAAUUUUACGAGGACGAUCCUGUCCUUCAAAAAGAGAUAGAGACGAUCACGGACCGGAUUAUAACGGAAGAGGUCCAAGCCGGCGAAGAACAGGGGACUACGCGCAAUUUUUUUAAUGUUAAUUUGGCGGAGUUGUUCGGUCUGCAAGUGAAUGGGGACGCGGCGUCUCCGACGCAUCGAGAGGAUCGCGGCCCGUCUCCCUCGGCGGACGACGAGCGCGGUGACGCCGAGGCAUGGCUCGGUCCGACUAUGAGCUCGCCCUCCGAUGAUCUAGGAGGCUCCGUGGACGGCGACACGAGCGUCGAGCGCCUGGCGCACAAUUUGAAUACGGUCCAAAUCGACUGCGACAGCAAUGUGCCGACAAUAACGUUCAGCAAUUGUUGCGAAGGCCGCUCGCGCAUCGACAUCCCGAAUAAUAGGAACGUCGUCCUUCACCUAGCCGUGCCCGCGGUCGAGAGCGCCGAUGAGUCCCGCCCGCCUAUGAUGUGA